AUGCCUCACUCUACAUCACAGUCCCUCAAGCUGAUAAGCAAGAACCUCUCGCAGAUUGCGUCCCAGUCGGGUCGCGCAACUGUGAGAGUGCCNUAUGACCGUUCAUCGGUCAAGGAGGGUGUCGUCCACAUUGGUGUUGGUGGUUUCCACAGAGCUCACUUGGCCGUCUACCUCCACAACCUGAUGGAGAAGCAUGGUGUGCGCGACUACGCCAUUGCUGGUGUUGGUCUUCAGCCUUUCGACGCUUCUAUGCGCGACAUUCUGAAGAAGCAGGACCACCUCUACACCGUCAUUGAGCGUGGUGCUGAUGGAAGCUCUGCCAACGUCAAUGGUGCCAUCACCUCGUUCCUCUUCGCGCCCGACAACCGUGAGGCUGUCAUUGCUAAGAUGGCUCACCCCGACACCAAGAUCGUCUCCAUGACCAUCACUGAAUCCGGCUACUACUACAACGAGAACACUCACGAGCUCCAGGCCGAGCACCCCGACAUCCAGCACGAUCUCAAGAACGAAUCCUCGCCCAAGACCACCUUCGGUUUCCUCUACGCCGGCAUGAAGAGACGUCACCAGCUCGGUCUCAACCCCUUCACUGUCCUCUCCUGCGACAACAUGCAGAAGAACGGUUCCAUCACACGUCACAUGCUCGUCUCGUUCGCCAAACUCGCCAACCCCGAAAUCGCCAACUGGAUCUCUGAGAAGGGUGCCUUCCCCAACUCUAUGGUCGACCGUAUCACUCCCCGCACCGAGAGUACCGACAUCACCGCACUCGCUGAAGACUUUGGUAUUGAGGAUGAAUGGCCAGUUGUUACCGAGCCCUUCAUGCAAUGGGUUGUUGAGGACAAGUUCUGCGAUGGUCGCCCUCCCUUCGAGAAGGUCGGUGUUCAGGUCGUCAAGGAUGUCCACGACGUCGAGCAAUUCGAAAUGCACAAGCUGCGCCUUCUCAACGGUUCCCACUCUGCUCUCGGUUACCCUGGUCAGCUCGCUGGCUUCAAGUACAUCCACGAGGUCAUCAACCACCCUGUCUACCGCAAGUUCGUCGAGCAGAUGAUGCACAAGGAAGUCAAGCCUCUUCUGCCCAACAUCCCCGGCGUCGACAUUGACCAGUACUGCAACACCCUCAUGGAGCGCUUCUCGAACCCCACCAUCAUGGACCAGCUUCCUCGUAUCUGUCUGGGUGCCUCUGGCAAGAUCCCUCAGUUCAUCAUGCCCUCUAUCGCCGAGCAGAUCUGGGGUGAGCACAACUUCCGCCGUCUCUGUUUCGUCGCCGCUGCCUGGUUCCGCUACAUCAACGGUGUCGAUGAUGCCGGCAACAAGUUCGUCGUCGACGACCCGAUGGUCGAGGAGCUCCAGGCCAAGGCCAAGGCUGGUGGCCUCAAGCCCAACGAGCUGCUGAGCAUCAAGUCUCUCUUCGGUGAUGACUUGCGCAACGACGAGAGAUUCAUCAAGGAGGUUACCACCGCCAUGGAGCUCAUUGCCAAGGACGGUGUCAUGGCCACUCUCCCCAAGUACAUUGACUAA